AUGACUGAUUUCCUGGAUCCGGAUGCGGAUGUGUUGCAGCACAUGGUGUACUUCGAAAAUUUGGAGGCAGACUUGAACCACCUCCUGCCACUCUACAACUACAGCGUGGCGACUAUGCCGCAAGUGCAGCCUGAUGCCCUGCGCUACGGGCGCCAAGACAUCAGCGAGGAGACAAUGAAUUUCAUUCGCACCUACUACAGGGGGGACUUCGUCAACUUUGGCUAUCCAGACCCGUGA